CUGCGGCGGAAGUGAAGGAUGAAUUCGGGAAACAACGGGUGUUUCCAGUACGAAUUCUUGGAAAUAUGACUGAUGUGGAAAAGUCGGCAGAGGGGCCGGAUGAGGAGCGACCGCCUCUCGGUAACUGGAUGCUGCAGCACCCGAAGUACGAGGAGAUGAUGGCCCUGCAGGUGGGCGACGAGGCCCAGGUUUACUGCGCCUUCCUGGUGUAUCUGGACCUCACGCAGGUGCGGCAGUGGCACGACGUGUCCAGCAGGGGCAGCCCUGAGCUCCAGGUGGUGCUGCUGGAGGGCCGGGAGAAAGACGGCGACCCCCCCCAGGUGGUGCUGCCGCUGCCCGCGAACAGGACCCUCACCCACAGGUGCUUACGCUCUGUGCUGAGCCUGCGAGACCCCAUGCUGCUGUGUGCCGUGGCCUCUGACUCCAGCCUGGUGUACCAACGGCUCUGCGAUGGCCUACUGACCCCUGACCCCCCUGUAGACAUCCAGGACCAGGGUCGCCGUCAGCAUCGCAAGCGCCGACUACGCUGAACGCCAGCUACGCUGGAACAUUCCUCUGAGAAAGACUCCAACAAACACGGGAGGGCUGAUGUAUCUCGAGUGCUAC